AAGAAGACGAGCGAGGUGCUGUGUGCUGAUUUCUCCUUCUCUAUCUAUCUCACCAUAUCAAACUCAUUCCACAAUGCCUGUAAAUCAUACAUUUCAAGGAGGGAAAGCCUUUGGAUUAUUAAAAGCUCAACAAAGGGAGAGAUGCGAGGAAAUAAACAAGGAAUACAUGGAAGACCAGAAAUACCGGGAUGAGGAGGACCUCCUGGAAAAACUGGAUUCUUUUAAAAACAAAUAUGCAGAGUUUGACCUGAACGACCAGGGAGAGAUUGAUAUGAUGGGUCUGAAGAGGAUGAUGGAGAAGCUGGGUGUUCCUAAGACCCACCUGGAGAUGAAGAAGAUGAUCUCUGAGGUGACCGAAGGCAUCAGCGACAGCAUCAACUACAGAGACUUCGUCAAGAUGAUGCUGGGCAAGCGCUCGGCCGUUCUCAAACUGGUGAUGAUUUUUGAGGACAAGGCUAACGGGGCCAUCUGUAAGCCUGAUGGGCCUCCACCCAAACGGGACAUAGCCAGCCUGCCAUAGACCCAGGACAUCCAGAGCCUCUAGACUAUAUCACCAUUCUAGGACCCUACCGGGGCCCCUGCCCUCAGCCAGGGACGUGUACAUAGCCUUAUCAACUCCCCACCUCAGGAUGUGCACGCGUCCCAGAAGGGGGGGGGGGUUCUCCUCCUCUGUUCAAAACAUGUGGGGAGAAAAAGAGAGAGAAGGGAAAAAAUAUAUAUAUAUAUUUGCUGUGAAGACAAGGCAGAAUAGCUUUUUUAAGAUCAGUACAUACAUGUAUAUAUCUAUAUUGAUGAUGACGACGAUGAGAAAAUAAGUAUUUUUAAUUAGUGUGAGCACUCGUAACCCCUUGGCGAUAACCGUGUAAUUUGAGUCGUUUUGUGAAUAUGAGCAAUGUGUUGUUUGCUGGGAUCAAACUAACAGAGGUGACAAUUUUGUAAUAUCCUCAGUAUGCAUGUGCAAGUGUAAUGUGUUGAUGCAAAGAUUGUGUGUCAACAACUCAUCCGUUAUGAAGCGGUCUGCGUGUCUGGCUACUAGUGAAUUUAUCAGUGGUCCUGUUUUAUCAUGAUUUCAAUGUAGUAUUAAUCAUUUUACAGAUGUAAUCAAUUCGGUAUAGUUGUAGUCAGUGAUGCAGUGGAGGGUAAAUGCCAUUUACACAACUUUUGCAAAACAAUUAAAGGAAUAGGAAGCGUUACUUUUUUCACUGUGACCGGCAAUCAGAGUUAACACACUUUUUUUUUUUUACUGGUUGUGUUUAGAGGGUUUGUAAGGGAAAAUUGCUUGAACAGUUAUUAGGGAAACUAACCCAAGUCAUUCAGAUAUUAUUUUACACCUCUCCCUCAUUUUACUCCCCGCACCAAAUGAUCUAGUUCCUCUUUUAGAUUUUAGAUUUUUAAUCGUGUGAAAGUACCAUGCUGGUUAUGAAGCACAAGGAAUAAAAAGAGCGCUGUUUUUGGAAAAUCUUUUUAUACAGUUGUCAAGAUCAUCCCACAUGAUUGAUUGUUGCCAUGCUGCAGACUCCGCUUGGUCAUUGUCUCACUAUAUGUCAGGUGUGACAGAUUAUGGCCCAACCCCAUUCUUCCAGACUAGAGGUGGGUUACUUUAGUUGGGAUUAGGAAGGGGUUGGUGGGGCGAUAGAUUAAGAGUCAGAGUAUGACUAGAUCCGGUGUUGUAGAUUGACACUGGCUUCCUCAACCUAAAGGAGCAGGAUAGAUGGGGUCGAGUUUACUAGCACUUCACGUGGAUUUAUGGAAGAUUAGUUUUAAGGCACAGGCACACACUGAAGAUUCUCAGCAUGUUAGUAUAAAUUAUGAUGGAAACACAUUCUUUCCAAGUGCCUAAAGUAAUGUUGAGAGAAGAGGAGAGGAAGUUAGUUACGCUCUAUUUUCCCUCCUGAGCUGUAUUUGGGAAAAUAGUUUUAAAGGUGUUUAUUCAUGUGUAUGUUAGGGUUAGGUGUUCCUUUUUUGAGAAAGCAUAGACCUAGGGGAACAUUCUCAGGUACUACUUUGAAUGACUGGAUCUCCAAAUACAUAUACAGUACAUCUAUGAAGUGAUGUUAGAUAUGCAGUUCAAUCAUGCCAGUUUCCCAAAUGUCCUCGUCUGACUAUCCUAGUCUUCAUAGUGGUACUCUUCUCAUUUCUAUCUCGUCUGUAAAAUGUUAUGAACCUGUCCCAUUUCAAAUUGUGUUAUCCCCGUCUUGCCAUGUUUUACUAUAAUCUUGUUAUUAUCUCGUCUCAUUCUCGUCUUUCAUUCCCCCUAUCAGUCCGGGUUAAUUUGUUUUUCCCAUAAAUUCUCCAGUUUCUGUGCCUCACUGUUGCUCUUCUAUUGUUUAUUUUUUUCUCACGCUUAACAUGGAAUAUAAUAGUAAGAGUAGUAGUUUAAUGUGUUAGCUUUACAUGUUUUUGAAUAUGUCAGUUAUGUACUUUUAUUUCCAGUGUGUUGGGUGGUGGUCUUUUUAAUGUUCUUUUCUUAUGAUGCACUUUUUUUUGCCAAAACCAAAGCAAUUAAAGUUAUUUGUUA